GUGCCGAAAAAGCAGGAAGCGCAAAUUUUAAGGGGCGGAAAAUUGGCUUUUUAAUAACUGUUUUUCUUUACAAUAUAUCGCGAAAAGUAACUGGUCUCAGUACAGCAGACAGUCGUCCCUCAUAUCCUUUAAUUUUUUCGCGAAGCGCAAUAACUUUCCAUGCAUCCCGCUCCGUUGCACUAAGUAAAUCUAAAUUAAGUGCACUGCGGCUUAUGUGGAGAUGGAGGAACGUGCCCGCAGCCGCCUGCUGCGCUCCAAAGCCACUCUGGAGCAGGACAUCAAAGCCUCCUACCUGAUGGACCACAUGAUCAGCGAUGGUGUUUUAACCAAUGAUGAGGAAGCAAAAGUGCUCAGCAAGGCCACUAGAAAAGAGCAGGCCGUGGCUCUGCUUGAGACACUGUUGAGGAAAGACAAUCGUGCCUACAUUUCCUUCUACAAUGCCCUGAUCAGAGAGAGUUAUGGAGAUCUGGCCAGUCUCCUUCACAGUGAUCUGCCUCUGCUCAGCCCUGAGGGAGAGAAGAGCUUCGCUGACGGAGUCUCUCCCAGUGUUCAGGCGGUUCUGAGUGUAGGAGGUGUUCCUCAGAGACCUGUGGUGUUUGUGAGUCGACCUCCACUGCUCAAUCUGAUCCGGGAGAUGCUGUACCAGCUGCGGGACACACCGGGCUGGGUGACUGUGUUUGGCAUGGCUGGCUCCGGGAAGUCUGUGAUGGCUGCCGAGGUUGUUCGAGAUCGUUCACUCAUUAAGGAGUGUUUUCCUGAUGGUGUUCACUGGCUGUCUCUGGGCCAGUGUGAGCGGGCAGACCUGUUGGUUAGGAUGCAGUCUCUGUGCUUUCGUUUGGAGCAGUGUCAAAGUUCAGACACCAGUCAGCGGCCGCCCAGCACUGUGGAGGAGGCCAAAGAGCGCCUGCGCUUCCUAAUGCUCCGCAGAUUCCCCAGGUCUCUGCUGAUUCUGGACGAUGUCUGGGACAGCUCGUCUCUCAGGUCUUUUGAUAUCCAAUGCCGAGUUCUUCUGACCACACGCAAUCGAGCUCUGACUGAUUCUGUCAGCGGUGUAAGGUAUGAAGUGCCUGUAGAGAACGGUCUGGAUGAGGAAAAAGCCUUAGAAAUUCUUGCUUUGUACGUCAAUGGGAAGAUGCACAAACUCCCAGAACAGGCCCGAAGCAUUGUGAGCGAAUGUAAAGGUUCUCCUCUGGUGGUUUCUCUGAUUGGAGCUCUGCUGAGGGAGUUUCCUGACCGCUGGAGCUACUACCUGCGACAGUUGCAGCAGAAGCAGUUCAAGCGCAUUCGCAAGUCCUCAUCCUACGACUAUGAAGCACUGGACCAGGCCAUGGACGCUAGUCUGCAGGUUCUGGAGGCCGAACACCAAGAGCUGUACAGAGACUUGAGCAUCAUGCAGAAAGACAUCAAAGUGCCUGCUAAGGUUCUGUCAGUUUUGUGGGGUCUUGAGCUGGAGGAGGUGGAGGAUGUCCUACAGGAGUUUGUCAAUAAAUCUCUGCUUUUUCGGGAUUGUAAUCAGCGACCGUAUCAAUAUUAUCUUCAUGAUCUGCAGUUGGAUUUUCUCGCUGAACAAAACCGUGAUCAGAUUGCUGAACUACAUAAAAAGAUGGUUCGACAGUAUCAGAGGUUCUACAGUAAAUGUCCACCUGACUCUGCAGAUAAAGACUCGUUGUACUGGUACCAGUUCAUCCCGUAUCACAUGGCUAAAGCAGGACUGUCGAAGGAGCUUUAUUCACUGAUGUUUUCCUUGGACUGGGUCAAAGAGAAGGCUCGGAUUAUGGGAUCUGCCCAUCUCAUCAAUGACUAUGUGGAAUAUGGGGAAAUGCUAGACAAAGAGAAUAGUGAAGUGCGAGUGCAGUUUCAGGAGUUCCUCUCUCUGAAUGGUCAUCAUCUGGAGCAGAGGCCGUUCCCUGAUGUGGUCCAGUUGGCUUUGUCUCAGCCCGAUCGCUCUGAGGUUUACAGACAGGCACUGAUGCAGGCGCAGAAACGGGCCAGCAGAGGGCAGAUCUACCUCAACUGGGUGAAUAAAAAUAUUGAGGAGGGUUUGUCUCGGCUAGUCAUGCACCCUCACCAGGGGUCUGUCUACUAUGCCUGCUUCUCAAAAGACGGGAGUAAAAUUGCCUCUUGUGGAGCCAGUAAGGCACUUCGGGUGUUUAAAUCAACCUCUGGAGAGAAGCUUCUGGAGCUUCAGGCUCACGAGGAAGAUGUUUUAUGCUGUGCCUUUUCCCCUGAUGAUCGACAUAUAGCAACAUGUGCCAGUGACAGGAAGGUGAAGUUGUGGAAUGUGGAGCGAGGUGUUCUUAUCAGAGAGUUUGAAGUUGAACACGAGGAGCAGAUCAACCACUGCCAGUUCACCAACAUGGGCCGACGAGUCCUGCUGGCCACCUGUUCAAACGACAAAUUCACCAACACCAAGUUGUGGAACCCUAACAAAAAGACGUCUCAGAACACGAUGUUUGGACACAUGGAGCCGGUCAAUCACUGCUGUUUCUCUCCUAAUGACCUUUACCUCGCCACUUCAUCCAGUGACGGCAGCUUGAAGCUGUUUGAAGUGUCAUCUGCGAACGAGUGGAAAUCAAUUGAUGUCGAUAGUUUUUUCCCUGAGAGUGACGAAGAAAUAAAAGCCAUGGUGAAAUGCAGCACUUGGUCGGCUGACGGCUCACGGAUCAUCUGCGCUGCCAGAAACACGGUGUUUGUGUUUGAUGUGGAGACGUCAGACCUGCUGCUGGAGAUGAAGACGAGUCGUCUGAGCACAAUUCAGUUCUGUCAUGCGUGUCCUAACACCAGUCUGCUGGCUGUCGCUCUCUCACAUUACACUGUAGAGCUCUGGAACUUUGAAAGCAGUAAGAAGAAAGCCGAAUGCAGUGGUCAUUUGAGCUGGGUUCACUGUGUGCAGUUUUCGCCCGACGGCUCGCUCUUGCUGUCCUCCUCUGAUGACCAGACUAUCAGGCUGUGGGAGACGGACCGGGUUCACACUUCCUCUGCUGUUGCUCUGAAGAGGGACACUGAUGUGCUCUUCUCUCACAGCGAUGUUACAAUCAUCGCACCCGAUAGCAGUAACCGAUUACAGGUGCUGAGUGGAUCUACAGGUGCUGUUGUGCUUGAGAGCGAGGAGCUGUCGUCCAGGAUCCGCUGUUCCUGUAUCAGCAGAAACGCUGCAUUUGUGGCUCUGGGAUCCGAGGACGGGACUGUACAGACAGGAAGGCUGAAAGUUGGACAGUUUCUGAAGACUGUUGGGUGGAGAGCCUUGCAGCUGCUGAACAUACAGCGUGAUUUUGUGGUGGCAUUAGGGCUAGAGACAGGUACAGUGCAGGUGUUGGAGGUUCCUUCAAAGGCAUCAGUGAAGCUCUCUGGCCACACGAAGACUGUUCACCACUGCCAGUUCACUGACGACUGUGAAAUCCUUGUAACUUCCUCCGAAGAUGCCACUGUUCGGGUGUGGAAGUGGAGGACCGGCGAUUGUAUGGUGCUGCAGGGUCAUAAGGAGCCGGUCAGGAAGUUUCACCUCUUGAGCUCUUUAUCUUCUCCUCAUCUGUUCUCAUGGUCGUUUGAUGGCACAGUUAAGGUCUGGGAUUUGACCAGAGGGCAGAUGCUGCAAGACCUUGCGUGUCACGAGGGUGCCGUCCUGUCAUGUGACGUGUCCUCUGAUGGACGCCUUUUUGCCACCACCUCAGCUAAUAGGACUGCUAAGGUGUGGAGCAGUGCCUCAUGGAAAAUGAUGUUUUUGUUAGAGGGGCACAAGGAUUGCGUUCGUAGCUGCCGUUUUUCUUGGGACAACAAGAGACUUGCAACAGGCGAUGACAAUGGAGAAAUCCGGCUGUGGAACAUGCUGGAUGGAGCUCUCCUGAAGAUCUGUUCUCGGGACACUAAAGACUCGAUGGACUCUUACCACGGUGGAUGGGUGACUGAUCUGCACUUCUCUCCUGAUAACAGAGUGCUCGUCUCUACUGGCGGAUACAUCAAGUGGUGGAGCGUGGAGAGCGGAGAGGUCCUGCAGACGUUCUACACUAUGGGAGGCAAUCUGAAGAAGAUCCACGCGUCUCCUGAUUUCAGCACCUUCGUCACCGUGGACGGCAUCGGCAUCCUUUAUAUUUUGAAGAGACUUGAGGGAGAGGAAACAUGAGCAAAGACUUGCUCGCUCUUAAACCCUUCGAGGCCGAGACGAGCAGCGCUAUGACUUGAAAUGAGGAAAGGCAACGAUCGUGUGGCUGAUGGCGGCGACGGUGUGGACGUGUGCUGAAAUGGGAGCGACGUUUUGUAAUGCGUUUGUUGAUUUAGUAAAUGAAAGAAAUGACACAAACAUUUAGAAAAAAUGUGUCUGAUUUUGAAUGUGGGUGAAAUGUUCAGUGCCAAUGUGUUGUAGUUUUUGCUUGAACAGAGCCCAUAGGAAAGACCUGUUUUGUGUGAUGAAUUUGCUGUGGGCCAAUCCUUUUGAAGAGAUGCCGUAAUGUGAAAGCAGACGCCUGUAAACGCCUGAUGCGAUUUUGGUGCUUUAAAGUAUGUUUGUGACGCUCGAUUCCGUGAGAGAGAGCACGUGUAAAUGUAUGUAGCGUGCAGGAGUGAAUUUGUUUGUGAAAUGUAAUGAGAAUGAUCAACACUGUGUUCACUGCACAAAUGUAAAUGUGAAAUGAUGAUGAUGUGGGGGGAAAAAGCUGUAUGUGAAGUGCAUGCAGGUACGCUGAUGGAUUUGUCAUUGCUGUAGCACCCGUGUGUGCGAAAUGUGAUGUUUGCUAAAUACAAGACAUGCUGCAUUUGAA